UUUAAAAAGAACUUAGAAAAUGGAGGCAAUUUGUAAACAGUCUUUUAUUAUGUUUUUAAUUCCAACCUGAAAGUUAUCAUUUUAAUGGUUGUUCUCAUUUAAUUGUUAUUGUAAUUAAAGAAGUAGAUAAUACUAUAUAAAACCGAUAUGGCGGAGGAUAUAAAAGUGACUUUUAUCAUACCAAAAACUUGUCAAAGUGAAGAUGAUUGUACUGAUUCCGAGUUAAAACUUGCUUACACCGUUUGUCAGCAUCACUGUGGGGGUGGGCUACAAGCACAAUGGGUACAUGAAACUAAGUGGAAUAAAUUUGAUGGUUUAACAAAAAAGGAUGUGUUUGUAUUAUCUGAAUUUGAUGGAGACUUGUAUGAAAGGCUGAGGACAACAAAAUGUUUGCUAGUGGGUCCACGAUGUUUGUCAUGCUGCUUGACAGAAGGUGUGCCAAUACCCUCAGGACCCGAGCCAGUGUUCACUGUUGCUAUGAGAGGUUUGGUUGUAACAGCUAGUGGGCUGUCUAAAAAACAAAAGGAAACUAUAAAAAGGAAGGUUCACUGGAUGGGAGGAAUUUACAGUGCAGUACUAACUGAUGACACAACGCAUCUUGUUGCAGACACAGUAUUGUCAGACAAAUAUAUUAAAUCAGCGGAAAAAGGCAUACCAAUAAUGGCAGAGAGUUGGGUACAAGGCGUCUGGGAAGCAUCCCUCUCUGCCAAUGUUACCGGUUCCUCGCCAGACUUUAACCACCAUCGACUGCCACCAUUCGCAAACCUCCAAGUCACUACGUCGGGCAUCACUAAACGAGACAAACAGAUGAUCAUGAAGCUGGUUAACGAGCAUGGUGGAACAUUCUCUGGUGCAUUUCAAAGUGAAACAACGGAUAUAGUUGUAUUGACAAAAGAAGGUGUAGGUAGCGAGAAGUAUAAAGCGGCCCUGGAAUACGGCAAGGCGUGUGUGGUGCCGUCGUGGGUGAAGGAAUCCGCGGCCCGCGGCGUGGCGCAGCCCGUGUCCCGCUACAGCGCGGCCGGCGCCUCCACCUCGUCGCCGCUCGCGGAGCACCGGCUGCCCGACAUGAGUUUAAACUUCUCACGUAUCACAAACUUGAGGCCGGCGAGCAACUUUGUCGAUGAAUCGAAAGCUAUCGAUAUUACCAGUCUAUCUGGAAAAAUGAAGAUGUCCCAAGAAUCAAAAAGGGCAAGUGAUCAGUCAGAUUUGGAUAAAGAAAUACAAACAGAAUUUGAAAAUUUUGAUAUGAGUAUAUUAAAGAAGGUUGGGCCAAUUUUCGACGGAUUUUGUUUCUGGGUGACCGGUCUGGAGGGCGCGGCGGCGGAGCGCGCGGCGGCGUGCGUGUCGCGCGGCGGCGGCGUGCGGCUGGCGGCGGCGGGCGCGCGCGUCACGCACGUGCUGGCGCCGCCCGCCGCCGCGCGCGCCGCCGCCCGCGCGCUGCCCGCCGCGCCGCUGCUGUCGCCGCUGUGGCUGCUGCGCAGUCUGCGCGCGGGCCGCCCGCUCGACGAGACACCGUUCUUAAUAGAUCUUAAAGCGACGACUCCAGUGAAGUCGAAGUGUAAGCCAGCAGCGGAGCCCGAGUCGCCGAUGAGCCGCCGCAACCUGCAACUACUGCGGCGCCCCGGCCUGCUGCCCGGACCCGCACCCUGUACGCCGGAGCCCCUACCGGACAUACCACCGGAGGAUGAGCUUGUCAACCAUUACUUGAGUCAAAAUAUAGAACCUGAACCGCCGCGAUUGAAAACUCCAGAACCGGUGCCGGAAGUCACUACGCGGGUCGAACAACCUGACAUCACAGAAGAUGUGACAGAGGAUCCCACUGAGGAAAUAGAACAGAUAUUUGCUGGUAUGACGAUAGAGGUGCAGGCGCUGGACGAGGAGGCGGUGGUGGAGGUCAGCGCGGAGGUGGGCGCGGCCGGGGGGGUGCUGUGCGCGGCGGGGGCGGGGGCGGGCGCGGGGGCCACACACGUGCUCGUGCCGCUAGACUUCGACCCCAGCCACCUGCGCACGCCCACAGCGGAAGCCGUCACCGUCUUCUGGAUUAAAGACUGCCUCUCACAGCAAAAAUUACUACCAAUACAGUAUUACCACCGACCGGUGAAUUUACCGCAGUGGUCUGGUCCCCCACCUCUACAAGGUGUGGUGGCCAGCCUCAGUACCUACAGCGGGGUCGAAAGGGCAUUUCUUGAUGAACUGGCCAAACUACUUGGUGCUACCAUGCAGCUGCGGUUCUGUCGUCGUAACACCGCUAACGCGCUGGCCUCCACGCACCUGAUCUGUCCGACCCCCGCCGGGGACAAGUACGCGGGCGCCGUCAAGUGGGGGCUGCCGGCCGUGCGCGGCGCCUGGCUGCUGGCCGUCGCCCGCGCCGCGCGCAGGCUGCCCGAGCGGGGGCACCUCGUGGGGGACACCCGGCCACCAUCAUCACCAGAAAAAAAUAUGGAAGAGGCAGCAGUUGAGGUAACAGGAGAAGAGCUUGGCGUCUUAGACAAGGAGAACUUGAUGCAGCCUCCGGCUGGAGUUCCAUCGAGACGGGGCUCCCUGCCCGGGAGAGAGGACACUCCUAAGACGAAGGUCCCUGUAGAUGAGAUGUCGCCUGCAUCGCGUUACAUCGCAAUGGCACGUCAGGGACUUCUCGGCGGAGACACACAGGAUACCCCCAAGCAACUGCUCGAACACAACGGACACAACAACGAAGAGGAGUACGCGGUGCGUACGCCGCCCCUGGAGGAAGCCCUGUCGUCGCCCAACCUGGCCGCGCUCAGCCCCACCACGCGGCGCCGCCUGCGGGCGCUGCGCUGCGGGGACGCGCCCUCCGACCCCGUGCGCACGCCCCUCGACCCCUUCGCACAGGAGCCGGACACGCCGGAUAGCGCGUUUGGUGCAGCGUUGCAAGCGGGUACUGCGCUGUCUCCAGCUGCCCGCAAGCGGCUGUGGGCGCUCGUGCAGCGGCUGCCUGCAGCGCACCGCGCGCCGCCGGCCCGCGCGCACACCCCGCUGUCGGAGGUCCGCAGUCGGUUCCUGGCGCAGUUCUCUGGCGCGGACACGCCCCCCGCGCCCGCGCCCGCCGCUCCCCCGCGCAAGCUGAUGCUGCUCCCGCAGGAACAAGCAGAAACACCUCCAGCGAAAAUGCCAAAACUAUCUAUCGAUCAAAGCGCAGGCAGCGGUGUAAAUAUCAGUGAUCCGGAUACAACAUCGAAGAGCGCUCAAAGUGUGAACGCUACGAGCAGUCCGAACGCGCUGCCUGCAGCGGUGGACGCACAAUUGCAGCGGCUGAAUGCAGCACUUACCAACCGCCUUAGUUCGCAGCGAGCGCGCCGUACUCGAGACUCAGCGUCACUAGCACCGGCACCAGAGCCAGAGGCGGGACCAGAGUCGCAGCCUAACACGGUGGGUUGGGAUGAUACUACUCCCACAUCAGCGCCCGCUUCCGCUUCCGCGUCCGCUACCGCUGCCGCCACCGUUUCUGAGUCCGCUCCGCCACAACAAGAACCACCCGUCCCAAAAAUCAAGAGAUUCAUGCUGUCUUCUAAUGUAGAUAACCGCGAAGAGAUAGUGGAGAUGAUCCAGUACCUGGGCGGGGAGGUGUCGGAGGGCUCGGAGCUGGACGAGGCGGCGACUCACCUGCUGUGCGCGGCGCCCGGCCGCAGCGAGAAGAUGCUCGGGUCGGUGGCGGCCGGCCGCUGGGUGCUGCACCCCGCGUACGUGCCGCGCAGCCGCGCCCACGGGGGGUUCCUGCCGGAGGAGGAGUUCGAGUGGGGCAACCCGCGGGCCACGUGCUUACCGGGCGUGUGCGGCGCGGAGCGGGCGCUGGCGCAGGCCGCGCACCGGUGGCGAGCUGCACGCGCAGCCGGACACGCGGGGCCGCUGGGCGGCGUGCGCGCGCUGCUGCACGUGCCGGCCGCGCGCCGCCGCCUGCUGGCGCGCCUCGUGCUCGCCGGCGGCGGCCGCGCGCCCGCCCUCACGCCCCCGUACAACGAUAUCACAGAAGAAAUCACAGUCUGCUUCGCGGAUCUGAAGCGGUACCCGCUGUCUGCCCGCGACGCUGAGUGGCUGGUGUCUCACAACAUUCCCGUCUGUGCUCCAGUACUCCUCAGCGCGUACCUCACAGACGAUCCGCCUCCAAACCCUCGGGAACACUGCCUUCCAGAAUUUAGACCUAAAUAGUUAAGUAUUACGUGCCAAUUUCUAUUGCACAUGAUUAGUUCGAAUUUACCAUAUCACAAUCAAAGGUUUUGUUAAUGAUUCUUAUAUAUAAUAUAUGCAUAUGUUAGUAUAUAUAUUGUUUGUUUUAUAUAACUGAAAUUGAAAACAAUUUGACGCCUCACCUAAUGAUAGUGUGAUCGUCGCCUAUAUAGUCAAAUAUAUAGAUUUAUUGAGCCAAAAGCAAGGUAGAUUUCUCAUAUAACUGAUCCAUUAAACCAAGAAACAAAAUGUCCGAAUAUAAAUCUAAACUUUAUAUACUAAACUGAUAGCAUUACCCAACAAUUUGUAUUGCAAUUUAGAAACUGUUCGAGAUUGUUCAGUUUCAAAAUUACUAUAACUGGAUUUUGCCCUGGUAUGUAUAUACUUUUAGACCCUGGACAAUCCCCACAGCGUUAUCUAGUCCUAAGCUAAGCACAGCUUGUGUUAUUACGGUGCCCCAUUCAAUGCCUGAUGAUGCCUCGUUCAGAGGCGAAACACGUUUCGCAAUAUGGGUGUAGACUCAAUAACGGACGAAAUUUGCUCACCAAUAGAAUAAUUGUGAUCUCACACAUGCUAAUUGUAGCGUAAUUUAACAAUAAUAGAAAUCCAUUAGGUAGUAAUUUUUAUAUAACACAAAAAAUAUAUAUAUAUUUAUAUAUAAAAAUUACGUGUCACGUAGUUUGUCCGCGAUGGUCUCUUAAACUACUAAACUGAUUGAAAAUUUGAUUUGCACAUUGUGUGCAAUUUGAUUCAACUUCAAAGAUUACUUUUUAUUUUAGCUUACAUCUCAAUUUAUAGGCGCAAUAUUAUUUUAAUCAAGACCCUGAGCCACAGCUAUGUAUGUCCGUGUCUGCUAGUAUGUAUAUAUAAAGUAGUAGUGUUUUUCAUUGUAUAUAGGCGACAGUUACCACUAUUCUUUUAACAUCAGGUGGACCGUCAGCUUGUUUACAAUAACAUAAAUAAAUGUAUUUAUAAAUAUAUUUUUUAUAUGCAGUAUAUAUAUGUAUAUAUUACACCCGUUCAAAUAGAAUGAUAAUAUAUUUAUGCCCGUUAUUGAGGUGAUGUUUAUACUACGGUUUACUAUGAUAGUCUGUAUUACUAUGUUCAAUUAAUAAUCACAUUGUCUUUUAUUGCGCACAGAUCAUCAUUACAUAGUAUAAAACAAAGUC